AUGGAGGUUGAGGACGGAGCAGAGCUCUGCUUUCCACAACUCCUCAACACCUCCUGCAGGAAGCCCACCACUUCUUGGCCUGAAACAAUGCUCAUUACUAUUGUGCUGUACUUUAUCUCUGUGUUUACUGCUGCUCUCAACCUGCUCGUCAUCAUCGCAGUCUCCCACUUCAGGCAGCUCCACACACCCACCAACAUCCUCCUCCUCUCUCUGGCUGUCUCAGACUUUCUCGUGGGCCUCCUGGUGAUACCAGGUGAACUUCUCCUAAAAACAUCAUGCUGGCUGUUUGGUGACAUUGUGUGUACUUUGUGUGGUUAUAUUUGCUUCAUCAUUGUGUCUUCUUCAGUAGGAAACAUGGUGCUCAUAUCAGUUGAUCGCUAUGUGGCUAUUUGUGACCCUCUGCAUUACACCACCAGAAUCACUGUGAGAAGAGUUAAAUUCUGUGUGUGUCUGUGUUGGCUCGGUGCUGCUCUAUACUGGUUUCAUUUUAUAAAGGAUGACCUGACUCAACCAGGCAGGUAUAAUUCCUGCCACGGAGAAUGUGUAACUGUAAUUGUCGUUCAGCAUUUUUCAGUAGCUAUUGAUCUUGUUAUAAGUUUUAUUGCUCCCAUCACUGUUGUCAUCGUUCUGUACAUGAGAGUAUUUGUUGUGGCUGUGUCUCAGGCUCGUGCCAUGCGCUCUCACAUCACAGCUGUCACUCUCCAGCUUUCAGUGAGUCAAAAAAAAAAGAAAUCGGAGCUGAAAGCAGCCAGGACUCUUGGUGUUCUUGUAAUUGUGUUUCUAAUAUGUUAUUGCCCAUAUUUCUGUGUCGCUCUUGCAGGUGACAACCUGGUCAACAGUAUAUUUCUAUCUGCUGUGGGAUGUCUGUUCUAUUGUAACUCAUGUCUUAAUCCAUUGAUCUAUGCCUUGUCUUAUUCCUGGUUUAGAAAAGCAGUGAAACUCAUUGUCAGUCUUCAGAUUCUGCAGCCUGGCUCCUGUGAGACCAACAUACUGUAG